GCAGAGCGAGGGGGCGGGGCGGAGCGGCUGUGAAUCAGGAACAGAGCUCAGCCUUUUCUGCCGGAGCUGAAAUUUCCUCCUGCGGGUUUAUUAUGGUUUACUGAUCCUCCGCCGAACCCGCGACCCUCACACCUGCAGCUUCCGCAGGACAGGCGAGCAUGGGAUCCGGGGGGAAAGUGAAGGCGGCGGCCGGGGCUCGAGGGGCGCUGCUGCUGGCGCUGUUAGCCGGCCUGUGCGCGCUGUUCCGCGGCUGCGGGGCUGAGGACAGCGCGAUGGAGAACAUCGUGACUGAGAAGAAGGCUGAGGAGAGCCACAGACAGGACAGCGCAGACCUGCUGAUCUUCAUCAUGCUCCUCACCCUCACCAUCCUCACCAUAUGGCUCUUCAAACACCGCCGCUUCAGGUUCCUACACGAGACGGGCCUGGCCAUGAUCUACGGAUUGCUUGUUGGGGUUGUGCUGCGCUAUGGGAUCCAUGUACCUCGAGACAUCAACAACGUCACUAUGAGCUGCCACGUCAAUUCCAGUCCAGCUACGUUGCUGGUCAACGUCAGUGGCAAGUUCUAUGAGUAUACGUUAAAGGGUGAGAUCAGUGCCAAUGAAAUCAAUGAUGUUCAGGACAACGAGAUGCUUCGUAAGGUAACUUUUGACCCUGAAGUGUUCUUCAAUAUUCUCCUGCCUCCAAUCAUAUUUCACGCUGGGUACAGUCUCAAACGGAGACAUUUCUUCAGGAACAUGGGCUCCAUCCUGGCGUAUGCCUUUGUUGGAACAGUGGUGUCCUGCUUCAUCAUUGGGUUACUGAUGUACGGCUGUGUGACGCUGAUGAAGCAGAUUGGCCAAAUGGAUGGGGACUUCUUUUUCACUGACUGCUUGUUCUUUGGUGCCAUUGUGUCAGCUACCGACCCAGUGACAGUCCUGGCCAUCUUCAAUGAGCUGCAGGUGGAUUUUGACCUUUAUGCUCUUCUGUUUGGGGAGAGUGUAUUGAACGAUGCGGUGGCUGUGGUGUUGUCCUCGUCCAUUGUUGCGUAUCAGCCUGAGGGUGAUAACAGUCAUACCUUUGAAGCGAUGGCUCUGCUGAAGUCCUUUGGCAUCUUUUUGGGCGUCUUCAGUGGUUCCUUUGCUCUCGGAGUGGCGACAGGGGUCGUGACGGCCUUGAUAUCCAAGUUUACCAAACUGAGGGACUUCCAGCUGUUGGAGACGGCGCUCUUCUUCCUCAUGUCAUGGAGCACCUUCCUGCUGGCUGAGGCCUGCGGAUUCACAGGUGUGGUUGCGGUUCUUUUCUGUGGGAUCACUCAGGCCCAUUACACAUUUAACAACCUCUCCCCCGAGUCACAGGACCGAACCAAGCAGUUAUUUGAGCUGCUGAAUUUCCUGGCUGAGAACUUCAUCUUUUCCUACAUGGGACUCACCCUCUUUACUUUCCAGAACCACGUCUUCAACCCCAUCUUCAUAGUAGGAGCAUUUCUGGCCAUUUUCCUGGGGCGAGCGGCUAAUAUCUACCCGCUCUCCUUUUUGCUGAACUUGGGCCGCAGGAACAAGAUAAGCUCCAACUUCCAGCACAUGAUGAUGUUCGCAGGUCUCAGAGGGGCCAUGACCUUUGCCCUCUCGAUCAGGGACACGGCCACAUAUGCCCGGCAGAUGAUGUUUUCCACCACGCUGCUGGUGGUCUUCUUCACUGUUUGGGUCUGUGGAGGCGGCACCACUCAGAUGCUCUCCUGCCAGCACAUCCGUGUUGGAGUUGACACAGACCAGGACAGCUCAAUUGUCCUAGAUGGAACAGAAAGGAGGAGCACCAAACAAGAGAGUGCCUGGUUAUUCAGGAUCUGGUACAACUUUGACCACAAUUACCUGAAGCCCAUAUUGACUCACAGUGGGCCUCCACUCACUGCCACACUGCCAGCCUGCUGUGGCCCUCUGGCCCGAUGCCUCACCAGCCCACAGGCCUAUGAGAACGAGGGACAGCUGAAAGACGACGAUUCGGACCUCAUCCUGAAUGAUGGAGACAUCAACCUGACGUACGGUGACAUCACAGUGAGCACGGACGCCACGGGCGUACGCACCAGCGGUCAGCCGGUGGGCGGAGUCAACUUUGACGAGGCUCUGGACCGAGAGCUGGCCUUCGGCGACCACGAGCUGGUGAUUCGGGGCACGCGCCUGGUUCUGCCCAUGGACGACUCGGAGCCGCCCCUGCCUCGGAACCCCCACCACCUCCGGCAGCUCUGAACUGCAUGAACUGCAAAACAGUGAAAAUCAAGAAAAUUACAAAACAAAACCACAUGUGACACGGCUGAGUUUAACAGCGUUCCUGUUUAUGUGUCCGUCAUCAACUUCUACCACCACCACCACCAUCUCUCACCAUCUCUCUUUCUCUCUCUCUCUUUCUUUACUAUAUCUCUCUCUCUCUUUCUCUGUUUCUACCUCAUUCGUCUCUUUCCUUUCUCUUUUCUUUCUCUUUAAAAAAAAAAAAGGUAUCCGUGCAACUUAUCAGAACUGGUCAGUUCUUACCAUCUUCCUCCAUCUUUCUCUGUUCUGCAUCUUUUUUUUCCCCCUUUUUUCACAGCUUGGCUGUUAAGCAGACCUCGCAGAGACUCUCUGCAUUGUGUAGCCGUCGUUCGCUCUGCUUUCUCGCUGUUUGCGAGCUUAUCGUGAGAAAAGUGCGACAGGGCAGUUUCUUGUCGUCUGUAUAGCAUGGUGUAAAAUGGGCAGCACAGCCUGGCGUAUGUGUGUGUGUGUGUGAGUGUGUGUUGACUUUUGAUUGUGUUGAUUUUGUGUUUCAGUUGAUGGGUACGAGCUAAGCUGAGUUGGAGAGAGUUUGAGAGUCUGAUCUGAGUGGGUUCGGUGGUGAUGUGGUAAUGUUUUGGAGAUUUUUUCGCUUUCAAACUGCCAUGAAACAGAAGCGUCGCUAACUGGAUGGCUCUGAGUUGUGUGUUGCUGAGCAGUUACAAUCAAGUGCCUGUUGAAUGUAGUUUUUAAUUUUCUCUCCAAGUUAUACAACACUGUCUGCCGUCCACCAGGGGGAGGCCUUGUAUUUUGACACUAAGCUUACCUGAGUGUGUGUUUAGGUGUUUGAGCUACAAGAGGGACAUUGCAGAACUUUGGCAUUCCUCUCUAGCCAAUCAAAAUGUCCUGCAACAUCCUGCAGUCACGUCAGUCAGUCUUUGUAAUCUAAGGGCCUGGAUCUCACAUUUAGACCUUGGACUGUGACUCUGUGGAGGUUUUACACCUUGUUAUAUAUAAAUACAGUACUUUGCAAAGGUCUAAGGCAUCUGUGGAAAUGACGUUAAAAAUGCAUGUUCUUAUCUGUUAUCUGGGCUGUAAUUGUUUGUUUAUUAGCUCAGUAAAACACUAAUAUUUAAAUAAAUAGAAAGAACAUUCAAAGAAGAAAAAGUGGUGGUUUUAAAUCACUGUGUUCAUUAAAACAUCUCCAAAUCUCUCCCUUAAUGGAGUCUAGUAUUAUUUCUGUUUCUCAUCUUAUCAACAUGUGAGUUACAGGUAAUGUUAAAUCAGAGCUUAAUGAUGUUAAUGAUAUCAGGUUGAGCUGCUGGUUAUGAGCUAUAGGAAUUGAACACAAAAUAUUAAAGAAAUUUAAAUGACUUUUUACUGUAUUUAGAUUUAUUUGCAUGUGUUAAAAUUGUGUUUUUUGUCUUCAGGCAAAAACAUUCGUAUUGCUGAGAUAAAGGAUUUUGGCUAAUGUGCUUAGGUGCCUAAACCUUUUGCACAUUACUGUAUAUAUGUACACACACAGACACAUAUAUAUGUACUUACAUAUAUAUAUUCCAGUCAGAUGUUCCCAGUGAGAUGUUAAUUCUACAGUUUUAAAGAGGGUCAUAUAAAAAAGGCCAAGCUGAGGCUGUUUGUCCUGAUUUGUUAAAAUAUCUGGAUAAAAACAAACAAAAAAAACUGAGAACUGGCAGUCAUAAUAUUCGUAACAUAAUAUAAUAAUUUCUCCAUGCACUCAUAAACCGAUGCAACGACAUACGACAUAUGUUUAAUGUUUAAAAAUGUUUAUGAAUGUCUAACAUAAUCCAUUUUGUCUAUUAAUAUUUUAAACCAAACAACUAAAAACAACUAAAACAAAAAUUGAAAAAUUGCUUUUUUUUCCGGCGGAAAUAUCGUCGUAUAGCAGUUUGCUUUAUCUCUUAAGACUUUUUUAUGUCCAAACUUUUUUGCAUGAUGUGUGCUGCUGUGUGGAGAUGCAUACAGUGUGUUUUCUCCCAUGUACACUUUCUUUUUGUUUUGUUGUGGAAUUUAAGUGGAUUUUAUAUAUUAAAAAUUGACUUGUUGUCAGAUGUUGCUGUGGAAUGUUGCUGCACUGCAAAAAUGCAACGCCAGUCUACCUGUAGGAGGAGAAAUAGUUUAGGUAUGUUUCAGUGUUAUGAAAGGGCUGAGAGAGGAAAAAUGUGUCUGAUGUUUUAAUGUUUGUGUAUUUCAUUGGAAGAAUAUUUCUAAUAUAAAUUAGAAAAAUGACACAAAUUUACAGACAAAGCUGAGCAUUUAUCAUCAGCCAUCAGCAGCAGCAAGAGAUAUCAGGGUGCGGUGCAGUGACGAGAUGAGCAACAAUCCUGAUGAUUGUUUAAAAAUCUAUAUAAAUAUAUACAGUGCAUAUUAAUAAAAUAUUCAUAAAAGAGAGAGAGAGAAAGUUGCUGCAGUUGUAUGUAAUAACACUAUACAUAAAUCUACAAAUAUGUAUUAAUAUUAAAAUAAAUUAUGCUAAACCUAUUAAAACAACACUAAAAUCUAAGAAAAGGAGUGAACAUAGGAAACCUUUGUCGAAAAAAAAAAUAUUUUAUUUUAUUUUGCUGUUAAAUAGUUUGUUUUGCGUUUGUAUGACGUCUAACUAAAGUUUGCACUCUGCUGUUGGUGUGCCAGGGUAGAGUUGGUAGUAGAGUAGUGUGUGUGUGUGAUUGUGUGUGUGUGUGUGUGUGUGUGGAUGGGUGACCCAUAAUUCAGUAGGGCUGCUGUGAGUAGAGCAGCAGAUGCAGAUAAGACACACCCAUAAUUACAGUGUUGCUGUGAAUGGAGGCUGCGAGUGUUCAGAUCAGUCCAAAAGUGAUGGGACAGUAGGACAUGAUAAUUAGAGCAUACGAUGUCAGGAGCAUCCAAGGCCUUCCACACAGAAUUGUCUCCUGCUGUGCAGGACAUUAAGGCAGGGGGCAUUGUGGGAUUGAUUUCAUGUAGGCAUGCCUGUUGAUAGAUAACGUGACCCACAGGAAGCGGGGGUAUAUAUUCCGAUGGCUGUGAGGCGAAGAGGCUGAGUAUGAUCGCAGUUUUGCACUUUAGUUUUGCUUGUUCUUUGCCUUGUUCAUUUGUUGUUGUACCUUUGAGUUUAAAUAUCUAAUAUUAGGCCUGUCAUAAUGAUUAUAUUUAUUCAAAAUGUUUGGGGAAAUAUAUUGUUCUAGAAAUAAUUGCAUUCAUACAGCAGGUGAAAGUCCUAAAUCCGAUUUUCUCACCAAAUCAAGAAUUAUGUGAUAUGAUUAAAAUCUUAUAUUAUAAUAUUUAGAGACAUUUUGCAUGUAUUGCAUUGUUGUGGCAAAAAGAAAGUGUGUGUGUGUAUAUAUAUAUAUAUGUGUAUAUAUAUAUAUAUAUAUAUAUAUAUAUAUAUAUAUAUAUAUAUAUAUAUAUAUAUAUACACAUAUAUAUAUAUAUAUAAAUCAGCUUAGCUUGCAAUCAGCUACCGGAGCCCUGAGAGAGCAUAAUUGGCCUUGCUUUCUCUGGAUUGGCAGAUGGCACUCUCUCCUCACAUCACACCUAGGGUGAUGUUGAUCAGCACAAGGCAUCUGUGAGCUGGUAUAUUGCAACUCGUUGCGCUUUCCUCCGAGAGCGCUGUGAUGCUGUUCACUUCUACACAAAAUAUUGGCUUUGGUCCACAUUUACCUUUAAAACCAUUUUAUGCCCAUAAUAUAAUGACAUAUUAAUAUUUUUAAAAGGUUUUAGAGAACAGUGGACUUUGGAAUUGGGUCAUUAAAAAUAUUAAAGUAUUACAUAUAAAAUUAAUAAAACAUAAGUUACGUCACAUCAGCAUACCAACUCAUUCACUUAAUAUGCUUUCCUUGAUAAGAAAAACAUGAUGGAGCGUUAUUAAGGUCAACAAAAACUAUGCCAAUAAUGUAAUUAUUGUGGCAGGCCUAUUCACAAUUGUGUUUUUUUAUUAUUAUUAUUAUUUAAUUGUCUGAUUGUAGAUGAUUUUCAGAUGAAGGAACAAAGUAGACCUGCUGUUACUGUAGACUGUGAUCCACGUCCGAUCUCAUAUUUGCUCUGAAAAGAAUUUAUCAUUAAAAGGAGCUGUGGUUCGUCUCAGUGCAUGAUAUCCUGUCACCAUUAACAGCAAUCUAGCAACGUCCAUAUGAUCAAUUAUAGCGAGAUUACAUGCAGCAAAAUUAGUGCAAAUGUUGAGUACAGUCUUCUGAUGAGCCGUACAUCCACGAGUGAAGUUGUGAACUAAUGUGAAACGCUAAAAUGCUAAAGAUUAUUCUUUUUUGGUGUGUGUGUUAAUUUGGUUAAAAUGUAAUGAUCAGCUACUGAAUUAAAAUAUUAUAAAGAUGAUGAUGAUAUUGAUUAUUCCUCUGCAUGGGGGAGACUAGGGCUGCACAAUAUGUUCACAGUGUUCUAAUUUUCUAUGACAUGUCUAAUAUUUUAUUUAUUAAACUGAUUAAAAUCUGGUGAAAAUUACUUGCAUUUUUGUUUUAUACAGCAAUUUAUAUAUCACAGAAAAAAAUAAACUACAUUAUCAUUGUUUUUGCAAUAUCGUGCAGCCCUAGAUGACACUAUUUUAACUUGAAUUUAGCUUUAAUUAACAAAAAUGUUUUUUUUUUUGUUUAGUUUAGCUUUGUUUUGUUUUUUAGUUUUAUACUCCCCAGUUUCAAUCUGAAUGUCCUGACCAGUAAAGAUGCUCAGAUGUUAUAAAUGACAGACUAAAGCCUUUUUUAGACGGGAUUAAUUUUACCUGGAGAAGUGGAGUAAUGUAACUUUACUACGGGAUGUCAGCAAAAUGUUUUUAUUUAAACUGAUUAGCAGGAAAUAAGAAAUCUCAGUUUAACUGGCUGAGAUGGGAGUGGCUACUUGAUUUAUGCACUACCAUCACCAUCAAAAAACAAAACCCUUACUAUAACCUUAAUCGUAUGACUGGUUAUCCUAAUAGAGAAGAUAUGUUCAUGAUGUGUAUUUAGGCAUUAGGCUAUGCUACACAGUGACUUUGCUACCUAAAGAUUUUUAGAGGUUUUGCACCCAUGAGGCUCGUCUUCUCGAUUUGUGGGUUAUAUGUCGUGGGAUUUAUAUAUAAUGAGAUUAUAUUAUUAUAUGAGAUUCCUUGAGUGCCUCCAUACAUGAGAAAAGCUGCAAAAACACUAAUUUUCUAUACUGUUUAAUCAAAUAUUUACCCUCAUGCUGAUUUGCACAGGAUUAUCAUAACGUUAAGUUAUUAUGAGUUAAAGUGAUGCAUGAUGUGACAUGGUGCGUUUAAAAAAUAAAAAAAAAAACUAAAAUGACUGAGAAUCCCCAGUAAUAAUUACAUUAGCCUACUUCCCCAUGUAAAACUAAUCUCCAUCAUCAAAUUGGCCCACACAGACAGUGGGAUAAAUCUACACUCCGAUCUCCAAUGUUUCUGCUGUUUGUGCGGGAUUACUGCAGCCAGCUUCAGCGUUUUGAUCACAGACAAAUGUCUGCAAGAUUUGUGUAACAGUUUAACAGCAUGGUAAUCAUUGCUUGUCCAAAGUAGCAGAAAGAGGCGGACGGACAGACGCUCCCAUGCCGUGUUCGUGGUGUUCUUAACCGAUAUGUAGCCGAGCGCUAGACACACUUUGUGCAGCCUCUGUUCUUACGUGUUGCAGGUACUGACUGUUUACAUCUGUGUAAAUAUUCUCAUCUGUUCAUGUUGCGUGCAAUGGUCAAUAAACUGAAGUCUGUGCUUUCGAUUAAA